AUGUGUGAGACAAAUCUACAGGCCACAGCCAAAGGGGCAGGGGAGAAAGGCUGGGAUACCAAGGGGAACUCUCCGGAGGUUCCCCGCGAGAGCACCGCAACAGAGCGAGCCAAGGUGCACGGACUGGCCAAAGUCUGGUACUGCUCAAUGGGGGAUCGCUCGGGCACCACUGCACGUUGUAUAAACUUACCUGAACAGAAAAUCAGGGUGGGACAUAAAGUCAGUGACCCGCUCAGUGAAGCUGCGCGGCUCCAGCACAAACGUCGGGAAUGUAAUGCGCGACAGGUCCAUGUCCUUGCGCAAUUGCCCAAUCAUGCUGAGAAUGAUGCUGCGAGGCUCCUCAUCGAGCUCCUCCUCAACUGCGCACACCUCGUCCGUCUUGCUCAUUUUAGUUUAAAUACUUUGGAUAGCACUCUCGUACACGAGCAAAAUGAAAAAAAUUGA